AUGGCCACUGCCGGUUCGGGCUCAGAAAAGACUUCUGUGCAAGUCGCUCUACGUAUACGCCCGUUGACUGCUCAAGACCUUGUCACUCUGCCAAGUCGCUUUCAACGUAAUGUUGUACAUACAUCGUCGUUUUCACCUAAUCAAGUCACAGUCCAAGGCGAAAAGAGACAAACCUUUAAUUUCGACUGUGUCUUUGGACCCGACUCUACGCAAAAGGAGGUUUAUGACAAGAUUGGAGUAGAAUUGGUUGAUAAGUUUCUAGAAGGAUACAAUGUGACUAUUCUAGCCUAUGGCCAAACUUCUUCUGGAAAGACUUUCACAAUGGGUACUGCUGACUCGCCCUCACAAUCAAGCGACUCUCAGGGUAUUAUCCCUCGUGCAAUGAACACCCUCUUCGGUUAUAUAAAUUCCGCGCAAUUCAGAUCUCGCAAAUUUCAAAUGAAAGUCUCGUUUAUCGAGAUUUAUAACGAAGAGUUGAUAGAUCUGCUUGCAGAAGGAGAUGAAGACAGCAGACCACAAGUAGUCAUCAGAGAGGACUCGAAAGGAAACAUUUUGUAUUCGGGAGUGAACGAGAUUCGAGUUAACAGUGUUGAGGAGGUCAUGGGUCAUCUAGCCCGUGGCUCACUAGUUCGCCAAACUGGUGCAACAGACAUGAAUGCUCAAUCCUCUCGUUCGCAUGCGUUAUUUUCCAUCACACUUUCUCAACAAAAGUUAAUCUCCGUAACAUCUCCGCAGUCAGCGACUCGCCCAUCGACACCAACAAGAAUAUCAUCGAGAGCAGGCUCGAGAAUGAGCAAGAAGUUUGAUGAUGGUGAUUGGGUUCAGGUUACGAGUAAAUUUCAUUUCGUCGAUUUGGCUGGAAGUGAACGGUUAAAACGCACAUCAGCAGUAGGCGAUCGUGUGAAAGAAGGUAUCUCUAUCAACUCUGGUCUCCUUGCUCUUGGAAAUGUCAUCUCAGCCCUUGGUGAUCCCAACAAAGCGAGACAUACCACUCAUAUCCCAUAUCGGGAUUCUAAACUCACUCGACUUUUGCAAGACUCUCUUGGUGGCAAUGCUCAAACUCUCAUGAUUGCCUGUGUCUCCCCAGCAGAAUACAAUAUCGCUGAAACGGUAAACACAUUAAAAUAUGCUAAUCGAGCACGAAACAUCAAGAACAAUGCCGUAGUCAACCAGGAAGAAUCCGGAUGGAAUGAUGUUGACCAUCUUCAGGGAUUGGUGUUGAAGUUGAGAGAACAGAUUAGGAUGUUAAAGACUAGCACUGGGUUUGAUAGCGGAAGAAGUACUCCAACAUUGACGAAUGGAUGUGAUUCACCACAGCACUAUAGAAGAUCGUCGACGCCUUUGAGUUUUGUUACUAACGGUGAUAAAAUGAAAAAAGAUUCUGAUAUCGAAGCGUUAGAAGAGGAGCUCUCUAAUUUACGGCUUUCGUAUCAAGAGCUAACGCGGAAACACGCAAAGGUGGCUGCAGAGCUUGCCAAACAUCAAGAUAACGCUGAUUAUGCCGAAAGUACUACUCCUUCUCCGCCGGGAAAUAGCCAGCCAAGUUCACCAAAACAUCUCAGCUCUAUAAAAGAAGAAGACGAGGCAAGACUUGUCGGUCGUCAGACAUCAGACUCGUUCCAACAAGCAGUAGAACCUGUAAUUGAAGAAUACGAAAAGUCAAUUUCUGCUCUCGAGUCUCAGCUCUCCCUUGCUCGUGCCGAAUUGAAUCAUUCCGAAACGAGCGCAAGUGAGAAAGAAACUAAAUUACGCGAGGCUGAACAGAUGAUCGAAGAAAACGACACUGUUAUCAACACUCUACGAAACAAGGUUGCCAAAUUAGGCGAAAGGGAGCAGACUAAUGAAAUGUACAUUAAAGAUCUUGAACGUAAAUUGGAAUCUCAUGCAGAUGACCAAAAGAAAGAUCAGAAUACAAUCACGGAAUUACGCGCAAAGAUUCAGCAAUUAAAGACUACUAGCGCAAACAGCGAGAGUUACAUAAACGACUUGGAGUUUAAAUUGUCGAGAAGCGAAGACGCUAAAAAGAAAUUUGCGCAAACCAUCGAGAGGUUGGAAAAGAGAUUACAACAAAGAGAAGUUGAUAUCCAAAAGUUGGAAGAGAAACUCAAGGCCGCAGAAUCUCAGAAUGAGGAUAUUGUAAAAAUAAGCAAUCGUGAUAAGCGCAUCGCUCAGCUAGAAAGCCAAGUAGAAGAACUCAUAAGCAAACUCGACAAAUUCCGCAACGGUACCAACUCAACGUCUACGUCAUCCAACGCGACGACUGAGGAAGCAGUUUCGGUUGCUGCCAAACUCGCCGCUCUUCAGGAAACGCACCAAGUAACUAUCACUGAAUUUACAGACCUCAAAGCCAAGUACGCAGCAUGUAUAGAUGAAAUUAAUGAACUGAUUAGUCAACUCCAUGAAGCAAAACUUGUACGUAUCGAAAUGACCGACGCUACUGCACCAAACAGUCCCGCUCUGAUAACUCCUCGAAGUGCUCCUCCGUCUUUUGGCGACAAUGAUUUGCUUUCGGCAACCAGUCGUAUAGCAUUACGUAAAGCGAGAUCUCUAUCUGCUGAAAUACAAGGCGCCGCCGACAGACGUGAUGCGACCGCUGAAGCCAUAGUUCAGAAACUCCAAAUCGAACUCAAGCAACUUGAAUCCCUACAUGACGAUAAAGCGCAAGGAUUGGAGGCCGUAAGGCAAGAGUUUGCAAGAUUGGAAAUGAGCCAUCGUGAAGCAAUAGAAAUUGUCGAAGAACUCCGCGAAGAAAUUAAACACCGUGACGCUUUGGCCCGGAUGCAAGUUAUGUCUGUCAUGAAUACCGAGCAUGGCAACUAUAGGACAAAUUCUACGACUGCUAGCGAAGUUGAUCAAUUGGAAAUUGUUCAGAGACUUCGCGAGGAAGUUGAACAGCUCAAGGAAGAACAGAGAAAAACCAUGGAAGUAAUGUCAGAAAAGAAGGAUCACAAACACGAUGUAGUAACCAAGCUAGAGAAUGAGAUAAAAUCUCUAAAGUCGGAAUUAAAACGUGCCAUCGAAGAAAAAGACGCAGCAUUGAAUGGAAAGAAUGACAAUGAGCGAGUAGCUGAAUUACAGUCCAAGAUGAAUGUUCUCGAAGAAGAGUUGGAAAAAGCUCAUGCCGUGGAACGCGAGGAAAACAUUGCCGCUGCUACUGCUCGACUUGAGGGUUCUAAAACUCCAGACGAUGACAAGCAAGAGAGCGAAAUGGUUGCACUUCGUGAGCAGAUGGAGAAAUUGCAGACUGAGAUCGAAGCCAAGAGUCACACUAUUGCUGCAUUGUUGAUGCCUGCAUUUGAUAGUCAACACGUUAUCCGUAGAUUGGAAGACGAGUUGCAACAAGUUAAAGAAGCUCAGCGCCAACUAUUGGAUAGCAGGAACAAGAGUAAUGCGUCUGACGAAAAAGUUGAAGGCGACUCUGUCAAGGUCGAAGCCGAAAGCACUGAAGCCGAAAUCGCUGAAGCCGAAAUCGCUGAAGCCGAAAUCGCUGAAGCCGAAAUCACGGAAGCCGAAAUCACUGAAGCCGAAAGCACUGACACCGAAAAGAUUCAAGAUUCCGCAGAUUCUGGUACCUCGCCUGAUGACAACAAUGACGUAAUGAAAGUUCUCGAAGCUAAAGCUAAAGAACUCUCAACACAACUUGCAAAAGCCAAGGAAGCUCAACACAGCCUUACUCCACGCAACUCUCAAUUUUCCAUAGCCGAUCCGACGCAAAAAUCUUUUGAUACUUUGCAAGAGAAACUUGUCACUUUACAAACUCAGAUUACUUCACAGGCUGUUCAGGAUGAGUCGAUGAAACCUAUUGCCGACAUGGUUACUGUAUUACAAGGCCACUUGAACACCUUGAGAGUUGAUAUUAAGAGAAAGUAUGACUUGAUUGAAAUCUUAAAGAGAGACUUACUAGAUAAGGGACUCUUACAACAGAAACUGAGAGAGAAGGAAGAAGAGGCCACUGCGAUCAAGACUAAAUUGGAAGAUGCUCAAAAUGCCGAAGAAGAAGUCAUGACUGAAAUGACAUCCUUCAUGGAAGAACUAAAGGCUGCCCGUGAUAAUGCACUCGCCGAACUGUCCACAGUCAAAUCUGGAUUUUCAGAACAGAAGCAACUCGUAGUCAAACUCGAAAAUGAACUCAAAUCCGUCCGCGAAGAACUCGUCGUCGCCAAGUCCAGUUCCGAAGAACUCGAAAAACUUUUACAAGAAACCAUCAGUCAACGAAACGAAUCAGAAAAACGAGUAAAGCGUCUCGAAAUAGACGUCGAAUCUUUCAAAGUUGGUGGCGGUACUGAUGUAGAUGCAGUCAGGGAUCAACUGAUUAGUGCUAGACAUCAGGUGGAAGACCAAAACGAAUUAGUGCUUGAGCUUGAAGCUCAAAUAGCCACCAUCGAGGGACAAAGAGAUGAGAGUUUGCAACGUAUUUCUGAACUUGAGAGGACGCUAAAUGAGAAACAAACUCUACACGAAGAAGCAGUUGGAUUGUUGGAAUCUGUUCUAUCUCAACUUGAAGCCGCUCGAAAUAGUGAAGAAAAGAAAAAUAAAGUCGUAUCUGAUUUAGAAAGCAAGCUUGGUGUAGUCCUUAACGCUCUUAAAGACAAAGAACAAGUUCUCGCUGCGAGGUCUGCCGUCAUAAGCGAUCUCGGAACGGCAGUAUCUCAAACGCGCGUAGAGCUACAACAGGCCAAGUCUGCAAGUAUUUCCGAUCUCAAGGAUAAACUGACUGAGGCAGAAACUAAACUCACGUCCAAGGAAAUCACAAUAGCCGAUCUUGAAGCUGCUGCUUCCAAAACACAAGAAGAACUCGAGAAAUUACGUUCCACGGAUGCAAAACAGGGUGAAUUAAUCAAGUCUCUCGAAGGAAGACUUGCUACCGCUGAAUCUGCUCGCGAUGACGAAAUAGCAAAACUAAAAGCAGCCCAGAAAGAGAUAAACGACUUGAAACUCCAAUGUAAUCAACUCCAGAAUGAAAUAGACGAUGCCCAACGUGAUUCGCUUAUUCAAUCCUACGAAGCAGUUGACGACGCUUUAGUGGAAGAUUUGACCAAUCAAUUGAAGAAAGCUCACAGUGAGUCCAAGUCUUACCGGGAUCGUGCUUUCGAAUUUGAACAGCUGGUCAAGCAGCUUGAGCUUGAGAAUCAAGAACAGCUUGGUAAAAAUGACGAACUCGCGAAGCAAGUAGAAAUGUAUCAGAAAGAUUUCGAUUCUCUUGCAAACGAAUUUACCGACGUAGAGUCGAAAUAUGGGGAUGCAAAGGAAUUAUCAAAGAAGCAGAAAGCCCAAAUUGCAGAACUUGAAGCAGCAUUGGAAGUAGCCAGACGUUCCACUGGGAAAGCCGACAUUCAAAUUCCGACGCGUGGUUCUGGUCUUGUUAAUUCUGCAUUAGCUAAUCUUGCAGCAGCCAACGAGAAUCUUCGUCAUACUAAUGACGCGCUGAAUGCCAAAAUAACCGAGGCGGAAGACCACGCUUUCAAGUUAAACGAAAAGAUUAGAUCUCUCGAAACCGAGUUCUCUGAACUGAAAUCUAUUGGCGGUUCCAAAUCAGUAGAUGCGCUGAACGCCAAGAUUCGAUCACUUGAGGACGAGCGCGAUGAAUUAAAGCAAUCGUCUGAGGAAGAAAAGAAAAAACUCGACUCUAAAAUCGAAACACUCAGAGGACAAUUACGUACUGCUGGUCUUGGCGGAAACAAGGCAGCUCAAGCAAUUGCUGAUCUCAACGCUAAGAUUGCCUCUCUCGAACAUGAGCAACAACGUUCUCGAAAAGAAUCUGAUGAAAUGGAGAAAGAGAUUGAACGUUUACUUGAGCUAAAUGACAAGCUUGAGACUGAUAUGAGAAAAGUCGAAAAAGAAUCUUCCGGGUCUUCUACUGCUCGUGGUACUAACAUUGACUCGAACGCUUCUGGAUUCUCGACAGGCUCUCUACAAACCAAAUUGCACAAACAAGAGUCUACCAUUACACAGCAGAAUGGGUUUAUUAAAACAUUGCAAGAGAAAAUUGCAGAGCUCGAAAGGAAAGCAUUGGAGUACGAGUCCUCAUCCGCCAGAAUAUCUAAUAUGGGCAUGUCAGGUACAGAUCUUGAUGCAGUCGGUGGGCUUCGUUUGUCGACAUCAUCUGCAUCAUCAGAUGUUCCUACUAGUACCAAGAAACCUACUCGGCAGACUAUUACAAGUACAAUAGUGAAAGCACCUCCACCAAUGCCCCCGCCGAGUCAUCCUCCACCGCCGCCUCCGACAGCAUUGCCUCCAACACCUAAUUCUCCGCCCUCGACACCUAACGGAAGCAUACGAAAUACAAUGCCUCGUUCUCCUGAAGCAACAAAUGCUCAUACAGAGCUUGCAUCUGAGAUACAGAGACUUCACAAGAAGAUUGCGUCGAUGGAAGGAGAAACUCUUUCUAGUCGUCAGCAAGUUGACAAGUUGAGGUCACAAUUAGCCGAUUCUGAAAGUGAGAUCCGCGUUGCCAAGAAGCAAUUCGGAGUAAUACAGAAGGAUAAGGCAGAGUUACAAGAGAGGAUUAAGAAAUUAGAAGCGGAAUUGAGUGAGGCCAGAGAUCAAGUUGAAUAUACAAAGAGUGCUGUACAGAGGGAAAAGAAGGAAUUGGAUGAUCGGGUUAAGGAGGAGAGAAUAGCUAAAGAAAACGCCGAAAAGGCCAAGCGGCAGUUAGAGAGUAGAAUGGAGGAGUUGAUUGCUAAGAGGAACAAGUUCAUGUGUUUCUAA